UCAGUUCUCAUUUGGGUGUUUCCUUUAAUUUCAAUUUUUUUUGUUGGGAUUGAUUUUUAAAGUUAUGGUUGAUCCUCAAUCACCAAUCACACCACACCUAUACCCACAAGCAAUUCAACUUAAACUCUACCAAGCCUUCAUCUUUUCCAUUCCUAUCUUAUUCUCCAUCAUUCUCUUCCUCUUGUUCUAUCUCUUUUACCUCAAGAGAAGAGCCUCUUCUCUCUCCUCUCCUUCUCCAAUGAUUCUUCCUGUUUCUUCGAGCCACCAGACUUCUUCGCAUCUCCCCUCAGUUUGUUUGUUAGAUGUGAAAGUAGAGCUCAAAGACAAGCUUCAUGUUGUUUUGUUCAAUGAAGAACUAGGAACAAGAGAUUCUCUAUGUUGCGUCUGUUUGGGAGAAUUCGAGUUAAAGGAAGAGUUGGUGGAAAUGCCUUUAUGUAAACACAUAUUUCAUCUCGAUUGUAUUCACCUUUGGCUUUAUUCUCACAACACUUGUCCUCUUUGUCGAUCCUCUGUCUCCAUCUCCUCCACCAAAACCUCUGUUGAUGACGACAACGACCAUCCAGAUUCUCCUCAAACGUCACCGGUUUGAUUCAAACCCCCGAAGGAAAUAAGCAAAUACACAAGUUUUGUUAGUGAAUAGAUCGAUACAAGAUGUAAAUCUUAAUUUUGCUGAUACAAGAUAUCAAAAUGUAAUCCAUCACAUUAUAUAUAUUGGUUACACAGAUUCAUUCAUA